AUGGACAGAAUUCUGAUCCCGGCCAAAAGUUUUUGUCUAAAAAAAAAUGCUGCCGGAAUGUUUGAAACAAUUCCGUGUUGUCCGAAAAGUUUUGUCUUAUCAAUCGUAUUGGAAGUAGUGUUUGUACCGGAUGCUCAGUUGCAGUGGUGGGCUAGGAAGAAAUCACUCUGCGAAAGUAUUCCAAUAUUUUUGGUAGUGAUAGCAAUGAUAACAUCAUUCUAUGGUUGCAAAUCGUUUGGCUCAACGAUGAAACUUGUCGAGAAGCUGAGGCUCAAUGCGGAUUUGAAUGCUGCGUUCGAAGGAUCAUCCGAGUCCUCGCCUCACAAGCAUGCAGUUGGGCUGGAGAAAAAAGGAGCUUUUUGA